UUAAAACGUUGUCAUGGUUUAUACAAAUUUGGUUACUGAUUUUGCAUCUAUAUUGGCUUCCACUUUGGCGCAUUUGUUCGGUUCUUUGGUCGUGAGUGUGUUUCAUGCUCCCAAAUCCUAAGCUACCUUUUAUUCUCUGCAACUGCAACAAGCUAAGAGGAAAAGAAGAAGAAGAAGAUAUUGGUGGUAUCAAUGGAAACUAAGCUAGAAAACCAACAACGACAAGGCUCACAUGGAAUUUGUGGGGAAUGUCCAAACCUCAUAGGAACCAAACCCCAUCACUCACAGAUCUCAAGGAUCUCAGAAUUUCAGGCUUAAAGUGCUGUUUCUUUGUUCUCACUGAUAUAUAAUAUUAAGAAAGUUUUGUUCUUUAUUUUUUUAAUAUUAUAUAUAUUUUUGGGGGGUGGUUUUGCUCUUUUGAGCUCACUCACUUGAUAAUUUGUCCUGGUUGGAUUCAAAUUCUCCAUUUCCAAGUUGGUUUCAGUGGUGGGAAGAAGAAAAGUAGCAAUUUUGGCAUCUGGGUUCUGUUGGUUUUGAACUUAUGCGGUUAUAUGAAUUGGGUCUUAAGCAAAGUUGCUGUUUUGGUGAGAGUGGUUUUGUGCUUUAUGGGAAUCUGAUUCCAAAGAUUGGCUUUUUCCUUUUUUUGGUGUGGAUAAGAUGAUGCAGACUCAACUACCCUUUGUAACAAGAAUGACAAAGUCCAAUUGUGACUUAUGGUGGCUUUGAGAACUUUCUAGUGUGGUUUUUUUUUUUUUGUUUUGUUUUGUGUGGAGGAAGGCAUUGUUACUGAAUUGAGAAUACAGCAUGGAACAAAGCAGAUUGGUUUCAUGGCUGUUAUGUUCACUUCUUCCGUUGAUGAUUGAGAUUUCUGCUGCUGUUCUUUCUCCUUCUGGCAUAAACUAUGAAGUUCUAGCUUUGAUGGCGAUAAAGAAUGAAUUGAAUGAUCCUCACAAUGUCCUGGAGAAUUGGGAUAGUAAUUCUGUUGAUCCUUGCAGCUGGAGGAUGAUUACUUGUAACCUUGAUGGCUCUGUUUCAGUAUUGGGAAUGCCUAGUCAGAACUUGUCUGGUACUCUAUCUCCUUGGGUUGGAAACCUUACUAACUUACAAUCUGUGUUGCUUCAGAACAAUGCAAUUUCCGGUCAGAUUCCUACAGCAAUUGGAAGCCUAGAAAAGCUUCAGACACUUGAUCUCUCCAAUAACGAUUUUAGUGGCGAGAUACCGAAUUCUUUGGGAGGCCUCAAGAACCUGAAUUAUUUGCGGUUGAAUAAUAACAGUCUUACAGGACCGUGUCCUCAGUCUUUAAGCAACAUAGAAGGUUUAACACUUGUAGACCUCUCCUACAAUAAUCUGAGUGGUUCCUUGCCAAGAAUACCAGCAAGAACAUUAAAGAUUGUCGGAAAUCCAUUAAUUUGUGGUCCGAAAUCCAACAACUGUUCUACUUUACCAGAGCCACUUUCCUUCCCUCCAGAUGCACUAAGAGCUCAAUCAGAUGGUAGUAAGAAAAGCCAUCAUGUGGCUAUUGCUUUUAGUGCAAGUUUUGGUGCUGCCUUCAUCUUCGUGAUAAUUAUUGUGUUCCUUGUUUGGUGGCGAUAUAGACACAACAAACAGAUUUUCUUCGACGUUAAUGAGCAAUAUGAUCCAGAGGUGCGCCUUGGCCAUUUAAAAAGGUACACGUUCAAAGAGCUUCGAGCCGCAACAGACCAUUUCAACUCAAAGAAUAUCCUAGGUAGAGGUGGCUUUGGAAUAGUUUACAAGGCGAGCUUGAACGAUGGGACUAUUGUAGCCGUUAAAAGGUUGAAGGACUACAAUGCAGCAGGUGGUGAGAUCCAGUUUCAGACAGAAGUUGAGACGAUAAGUUUAGCUGUCCACCGGAACCUUCUGAGGCUUUGCGGAUUUUGCAGUACUCAGAAUGAAAGGCUUCUUGUUUAUCCGUAUAUGGCUAAUGGCAGUGUUGCCUCUAGAUUGAAAGAUCAUAUUCAUGGUCAGCCAGCUUUAGAUUGGACAAGGCGGAAGAGAAUAGCAUUAGGUACAGCAAGAGGGUUGGUCUAUUUGCACGAGCAAUGUGAUCCUAAGAUUAUUCACCGGGACGUGAAAGCCGCCAACAUAUUGCUAGAUGAAGACUUUGAAGCUGUUGUUGGCGAUUUUGGUUUAGCUAAACUUCUGGACCACAGAGAUUCCCAUGUGACCACUGCUGUGCGAGGCACAGUUGGUCACAUUGCUCCUGAGUACCUAUCCACAGGUCAGUCAUCGGAGAAGACCGAUGUAUUCGGGUUUGGAAUCUUGCUGCUUGAGCUGAUCACAGGUCAUAAGGCUCUAGAUUUCGGGCGAGCAGCAAACCAGAAAGGCGUAAUGCUUGAUUGGGUUAAGAAGCUCCAUCAGGAUGGAAGACUAAAUCAAAUGGUUGACAAAGAUCUAAAGGGAAACUUUGACCGUGUCGAAUUAGAAGAAAUGGUUCAGGUUGCACUCUUGUGCACACAAUUCAAUCCUUCUCAUCGUCCCAAGAUGUCGGACAUAUUGAAGAUGUUGGAAGGAGACGGCUUAGCCGAGAGAUGGGAAGCCUCACAGAGGAUUGAGACACCAAGAUUCAGGUCUUGCGAAAGCCACCCUCAAAGAUAUUCGGAUUUUAUAGAGGAAUCUUCACUCAUAGUAGAAGCUAUGGAGCUUUCUGGGCCUAGGUGACAAAAACAUCUUGGUUUUCCACUAUAGCUCCCACUAUUUAAAAAUGGUGUAGUUCAAAAUGGUUAAAGAACGACAUUGUAAUUGGUGUUGAUAGCUUUGUAAUGUAAUGUAAUGCUUGUAUUGAUGUGUAAAAAGAAAACAAAAUGAAUGAGAAAAAGGUCAUGUAUAAGUAUGUAUCUUCUUUGUUGGGAUGUCUUAGUUGUGUAAGAAAAAUUUUGAUUC